CAAAUUAUUCAUUCACAUUCUAUAUUUUAUUACAUCAUUACCCAUUAUUUCUUAUGGGUGAUAUUUUCUUGCUGUUAGUGUUAGCCUUAGUGGCUACAUUGUCUAUAUUAUCAACUGCAAAAGUUGACAAACAGACUUAUGUGGUUCAUGUAGAUAAAUCAAAGGUUCCAUCUCUAUACCACCCUUUAGGAAAUUACAAGCAAUGGUAUGAGGAAAUGAUCAAUUCCAUGUCGGAAUUCGAACAAGAAGACGAAAAUGGCGAAUUGGAAUCUCCUCAGAUUCUAUAUGUUUAUGAAACUGCAGUUUCUGGUUUUGCUGUAAAGCUAUCUGCAGUGCAACUACAAGCAUUGAGCAAAAUGGAUGGCUUUCUCGACGCCACUCCUGACGAAAUCCUGAGCCUCCAUACGACGUAUUCACCGAAUUUUCUCGGCCUGAAAAGUGGUCAAGGACUCUGGAAUCCUCCAAGCUUGGCUUCCGAUGUUAUAGUUGGUGUUCUGGAUACCGGAAUCUGGCCGGAACAUGUUAGUUUCCACGAUGAAGGCUUAUCGGCUGUGCCUUCGAAAUGGAAAGGCCAAUGCGAAAAUGGCACAAAAUUCUCACCAUCAAACUGCAACAAGAAAAUAAUUGGCGCAAGAUCAUUCUUCAAAGGAUAUGAGACCAUUUUCGGAAAAAUCGACGAAACAAACGAAUACCGAUCACCACGCGACUCGCAAGGCCACGGAACACACACAGCAUCAACUGCCGCCGGUAGUCUUGUGAACAAUGCAAGCCUGUUCGGAUUAGCCAACGGAAAAGCCGCCGGAAUGAAGUAUACAGCAAGAAUUGCAGCUUAUAAAGUUUGCUGGCCAUUAGGCUGCACUAAUUCUGAUUUAUUAGCAGCCAUAGAUCAAGCUAUUUUAGACGGUGUUGAUGUAUUGUCUCUUUCGAUCGGAGGCACAGCCAAGCCUUUUUAUAACGACAAUAUUGCUAUAGCCUCAUUUAGGGCUUCUGAAGAAGGGAUUUUUGUUUCUUGCUCUGCAGGUAACUCCGGUCCUAUAAUUUCAAGCGUUGAUAAUACUGCACCAUGGAUCAUGACAGUUGCUGCUAGCUACAUUGAUCGAAGCUUUCCAGCGAUUAUCAAGCUCGGAAACGGACAAAUUUACAACGGAGCAUCUCUAUAUUCUGGCAGAGACACAAAGAACUUACAAAUUGUUUACGGAGAAACAGCAGGAUUUAACAGAACUGCCAAAUAUUGCAUUAAUGGCUCGUUAAAAAAGAAACUUGUGAAACAAAAAAUCGUCCUGUGCGACAGAGGAAUCAACGGCAGGACUGCGAAAGGCGAGCAGGUGAAACUAGCAGGAGGAGCCGGAAUGUUGCUGGUUAACUCAGAAGGUCAAGGCGACGAGCUUUUCGCGGAUGCACAUGUUUUACCAGCAACUACUUUAGGCGCUUCCGUUGGUAUAGCUAUCAAAAAAUACAUAAACUCAACUAAAAAUCCAACUGCUUCAAUUUCUUUUAAAGGAACAACUUAUGGAAACCCUGCACCAGCAAUUGCUGCAUUCUCAUCUAGAGGACCGAGUUCGGUUGGACCUGAUGUGAUCAAACCGGAUGUGACUGCACCAGGGGUUAACAUUUUAGCAGCUUGGCCACCGAUUACUAGCCCAUCUCUGCUCAAGACUGAUAAAAGGAGGGUUUUGUUUAAUAUAAUUUCAGGAACAUCAAUGUCUUGUCCUCAUGUGAGUGGCUUAGCAGCAUUACUCAAAUCUGUGCACAGAAAUUGGUCAGCAGCAGCAAUUAAAUCAGCUCUGAUGACUACAGCUUAUGUCAUUAACAACAAAAAUGCCCCGAUUUCUGAUUUGGGUGCGAAUAACUCUGCGUCGGCUACGCCUUUUGCCUUCGGUUCAGGUCAUGUUGAUCCCGAAAAGGCUUCUGAUCCUGGUCUGAUUUAUGAUAUUACAACAGAAGAUUAUCUAAACUUUUUGUGUAGCCUCAAUUACACAUCUAGUCAAAUAACUCAAGUCUCAAGGAGAACUUUCAGCUGUCCGAAGCACACUAUUCUUCAGCCUGGUGACCUAAAUUACCCUUCAUUUGCUGUAAAUUUUGAAGGGAAAUCUAAAAAAGUCAGCAAAACAUUUGCUAGAACUGUGACAAAUGUGGGAGUCUCUUCAAGUUAUUAUACAGUAAAAGUAGAACAACCCGAUGGUGUAUCGAUAACGGUCGAGCCGAAGAUUUUGAGGUUUCGGAAAAUGGGAGAAAAACUGAGUUACAAAGUGAGGUUUCUUGGGUUGCAAGGAAGAGUUAAACCAGGAAGUUCUGCUUUUGGAUCUUUAGUUUGGGAGUCAGGAAAAUAUAAGGUCAGAAGUCCUAUUGCAGUAACUUGGAGAUAAUUUUUCCUUGGCAGAAAUAGUGACAUUACUAAAUUGCAAUUCAGAAUCAUGUGUAGCAUUGGAGGAACUAUUUGUAGCUACAUUUAUAAAUAAAAUAUAUAAAUUCUGACUAA